AUGAACGGCAGAGUCUUCGGGAAUAUUCCUCAAGCUUUUAUCUGCCACACGGCACUAGUGGAGAUGCUUGGUAUGAAAGAAACACCUCUGGAAAGUGGCUGCCAGUCCAGGGAACCCCCAGCCAGGUCCAGUGACCGGCAGCAAGUCCAGUCUGCAGAUGAAGAUGUCCCGCUGCCCGCAGGACACGGGGCUUUCCCCACGGGGCUGCCGCCUCCUUUGUGCAGGGAUCACGAGGGAAGCAUCGAGGCUCUGAGUGGGACUGACAUCACGGUAACUGUCCGUCCUGAGCCGCCCAUCCCCGUGGUCCUGCUCCUCUUCCCAGAACCCACGGCGUCAUCGGGUGACUUCCUGCUCCGCCAGCCAGGCGGCCAGGCUCACCCGUCCUCCUUCUCGGCAGUGAUGGGUGACCCGUGGCCCUCACCCCAUCAGGAUCUCGGAGCCAGAAGCAAAGUGCAGGCUGGCAUCGUGCAGCCUGGAGCAGGGUGGGCUGGGUCCCUGCAUCGCCAUCACGUUGAGAAGCAAGGGUCCCACAAUGGGGCAGCAUCCUACACAACGUGUACCCCACUGACCACAAACUGCCCGCUCCAGAAGUCAGACCAGUCCAGGAAAAAACAUAAAGGCUUUUCUGAUGCAUUUCAGAAAGAGUCCGGGUCUGUGAGACUGAGCUGCGGGAAGAGCGCUGACCUCGGCGGGGCGGGAUCGGAUCACCGGCUCACACAACGCGGGGAGCCGUGGGCAGACACCCCAUCAGGAAGACACCCCAUCAGGAAGACGAGCAGCGUCACCGUCCAGCCCAAAGGGGGCUUCUCAAGCUCCUCCUCUCCUUGCUGCAUGGAGGAGGCUCACCUGCUGCAACACAGGGGAAACCCGAAGACUGUGCUCAGUGACGUCAGUCAGCCACCCGGAGAGAGGCUGUGUAUCUCCGCCGCGCGGAGGUUGUGUAUCUCCACCGUGGGAAGGCCCUAG